ACUCUUAAAAAAUGUAGUGCGCCAAAAAGUUCCAAAGAACAACAAAAAACUUGUUCUGCUAAAAAACAAAGUGCUGCAAAUAAUCCUGAAGUUCAAGAUAUACUAGAAGAAUCUGGCAUAU